AUGGAGACUCUAGGAUCCGGCAGUUUCGGACAUAUUAGCAGAGCAAUAAGUCGGUUCGAUCACAAAGAGUACGCCCUGCGAAGAUGGCCCCGAGACAAACGCAAGAAGGAUGCAGAGAAGGCAGAGAUUAACCGGACUGUCAACGAAAUUAAGGUGCUCAGGCAUCUCAAUCACCGACAUAUCGUUACAUUUGCUGGAAGCUACACGGACCUCAAAUUCAUUAGCUGCGUUGUAGCUCCUGUUGCCGAAAUGGACCUGGGUCAGUAUCUAGACCGGGUCCAAGCCACCGACUACCGAACUCUUCAAUCAUUCUUCGGGUGCUUAGCUAUAGCUGUACAGUAUCUGCACGACAAGAAGAUCAGGCAUGGUGACAUAAGAGCAGGAGCAAUCCUUGUUCAUGGGGGUACAGUGCAGUUGAGCUCAUUCGGUUCAGCUUACGAUUUCACCAAUGCUGUCGACAGUACCACUACGGUCCCGCAGGCAUAUUCACUUCGCACAUGCGCACCUGAACUUGUGUACUUGGUGCACCAGAUGGGUGAUACGAAGUCUGACAUUUGGAGUCUGGGCGUUGUGUUCCUGGACAUGGUUGUUGCUUUGAAGGGCAAGAGACUGGAUGACACAAACGCAUAUUUCCAACAACAUGGAUCUAAGGAUAUACAUAUCCAUGCGAACAUUGCAGCGUUGUCAGACUAUCUCGAGGAGCUCGGAAAAAACGGAGAAGCCAUCGGCAAUCCACCUCUAGCCUGGAUUCCCGAUAUGCUCUCGGAGGACUCCGAUCUGCGACUAGAUGCACCGAAUCUGGUGAAGCGCAUUGCUGGGGCCGGUAUGACUUAUCACAAUCCUUUCUUUGGAGGAUGCUGUCUGCCUUGAGAUGAUUGAUUGUGGGUCGGAUAUAAAGGCUCAUGAUAGCGUGGCCCUGCAACUCGAGUGCUGUAUAGAUCGCAGGCAAUAGCGUUUGUUCAUGUACCU